UCCCUCUCACAGUCUCACCCAUCCUCAAUUCUAUUUUGAAAUUACAGAGAAAUCCACCCAAAAUAACUUAAUGAACUAUACUACACAGAAUACAGUAUAAAUCCACAAAAAUAGUGCAAAUAGUUUCGAUUCGCCACAAAUUGUCUCCAACUUCGCACACCAAAAUGGGGAUCAGCUAAGUAUCUUCUGCUUUGCGUUAAAAAAAAAUGGGGAUCAGCUAAUUUCACACUAUUUUUUUUCUAUAAAUUUGACCACCCUAUUGUUGUAAUCCAAUAAUCCAUGUGGGUAUCAAAUUAAUCGCUCAUUUUUAUAAUCUCAGUGAUGUUUGAAGCAUCCCCAGAUAUUCUGUUUUGUAAUUUAGCCACAAAUUCGCAGCAGAUUUGGUUUGCCCACCACCUGUUCGAUCUUAUUCCUCAGUGAAUCUUCAUGUGUUUGCCCAAUUGUCAUGAAACCAAAAGAAAUCACUAGCUGUGCUGUUGUUAUCCAGUAAAGGGGUAUGAUCACUCUAUGUUAAUAUCCGAUAUUGAUCAAUCUCACCGACAUGAACGAUAAAAUCUCUGAUUGGAAUUAGCCCAUUACUGUUUAGUGUUUACGUGUGAGAUUGAUCAAUAUCGGAUAUUAUCCUAGUCUCCUAGACUUUCCCGUGUUUCGCGUAUGAUCACAUGAAGUGAUCAAUUACGAGAAGUUUGUUUCUGCUUGAAUGCUUAUUCCCCUGUUGAUGUGGUGAUUACAGCAUAUCAUCAUUAGUGCUGAAACUUUUUAAAGGCAUAAACUUUUAUGUGUAAGAGAGAAAGAGAGAGGAUGUGUAAAAGGGAAGCUCAGUAAACAUGCACUACUAUCUAAGGAAUAAGACUCUACAAUACUAAUAAACAAAGUGAAAAAGAGCAUUUUUUGUGAGUGGGUUUCAUAUUCAUAUUCUUGGCCACCAAAAACACAACUAGUCUUCUAGUAAAUGAGUGAGUGCUGCCAUAUCAUGGAGUAUGCAUUAUGCCUUUGUGAUCUCUUUCUCUCUCCUUGUUAGAGUGACUUUACAGUCCCCCAGAUAGGUACAUUACAUAAACACUUGUCUAAUUUAAUCUUUUUUCAGUCUCACUUUUGUUUUAAUUAAAGAUUUCUUGCUUUGAUUUUGGUAUGACUUGUGGGUCCCCUUGCACUAUCCCAUAAUCAUUUUUUCAUCAUUAUCAUACAUACUCAAAUUCACUUAUUCUUGAUCAUGGUUGCAUAUUUCUUCUUCUGUUUGUUUGGUGAGAGGCUUCAAGAGUUAUGGCUGGACCAAAUAAAAGAGGGAGUUGUAAGUUCAAUAUCUAUAUUUCUGAGCACAGUUUGACAAGGUGUAUACUUAACUGGUUCUUCUUCGUCUUGUUGCUAAGAAAUGGUUCCUCAACCUCGGCUCCUGAUGUUGAAGGUGAAGCUUUGAUUGAUCUCUUGAAGGUUUUGAAUAACUCCCAUCAUAAGAUUACAGAUUGGAAUGACUUCUAUGUGAGUCCUUGCUCAGGCUGGUCUCAUGUCUUAUGUUUGAGUGGACAUGUCAAAUACCUGACCCUCGGUUCAAAUGGAUUUUCUGGAACUCUCUCUCCUGUCAUAUGUAAACUGAAGUUUUUGAAUAGCUUAAAGUUGCAGGAUAAUAACCUGUCAGGCGAAUUACCUGAUUGCUUGAGCAGUUUGGUGAACUUGCAGACUCUGGAUCUCUCCCACAAUAAGUUUUCUGGUUCUAUACCAAGUAGCUGGGCACAACUCUCCAAUCUUAAGCAUCUGGAUCUUUCAGAAAAUGAUUUAAGUGGCACAAUCCCAUCACAACUCUUUUCAGCUCGAACAUUCAAUUUUACAGGAACGAACCUUGAAUGUGGUGCCAGAUUUCAGAAACCUUGUGAUUCAGGCUCUUCUCUAGAAGUUGCAGCCAGAAAAUCAAAAGUCGAACUUGUCAUGAUUGCUGCUAGCUGUGGUGCAUUCUUCCUUUUGUUACUGGGGGCGGCCUUCACAUACCGAAGACAUCAAUUGCAUAAGUUCAAAAAUGAAAUAUUUGUAGAUGUUGCAGGUGAAGAUGAGGGAAAAUUCUCCUUUGGUCAAGUGAAAAGAUUUUCGUGGCGUGAGAUUCAGAUUGCAACCAACAAUUUUAGUGAAAGUAACAUCAUUGGUCAAGGAGGCUUUGGGAAGGUUUACAAAGGCAAAUUGAUGGAUAACACAAAGGUGGCCGUGAAACGCCUUACAGACUAUCAUAAUCCAGGUGGCGAGGCUGCAUUUCUGAGGGAAGUACAGCUGAUAAGUGUUGCAGUUCAUAAGAAUCUCUUGCGUUUGAUCGGAUUCUGUACAACUGCAUCGGAGAGAAUCCUUGUUUAUCCAUACAUGAAAAAUCUCAGCGUUGCCUAUUGCUUAAGAGACUUGAAGCCCGGACAGGAAAGGUUAGACUGGCCAAGGAGAAAAAAGAUAGCUUUUGGGACAGCCCAUGGCUUGGAGUAUCUGCAUGAACAUUGCAAUCCUAAGAUCAUACACCGCGAUCUGAAGGCUGCAAACAUUCUUUUAGAUGAUAAUUUUGAAGCAGUACUUGGAGAUUUCGGGCUAGCAAGAUUAGUAGAUGCAAAACUAACCCAUGUUACUACUCAAGUACGAGGAACUAUGGGUCACAUUGCUCCUGAAUAUCUAUCCACAGGGAAAUCCUCAGAGAAGACAGAUGUGUUUGGAUAUGGUAUAACCCUUUUAGAACUCAUGACGGGUCAGCGUGCCAUAGACUUCUCUCGCCUUGAGGAAGAAGAAGAUGUGCUACUGGUUGAUCAUAUCAAGAAGUUAUUGAAGGAAAAGAGGCUACAUGACAUAGUAGACAACAACUUGAAAGCCUAUGAUCCUAAAGAAGUUGAAAUGAUAGUCCAGGUUGCAUUGCUUUGCUCUCAGAAUGUAGCAGAGGAACGUCCGAGGAUGGCAGAAGUUGUGAAGAUGCUGCAAGGAGUAGGCUUAAACGAGAGAUGGGCCGAAUGGGAGACGCAUGAAGAAGUAAGAAAUCAAGAGUUACAGUUAUCUUUUAUGAAGCAUCGGCUCGCUUGGAUGGACGAGUCGAUGGAUGAGCAGGAAGCAAUGCAAUUAUCAGCAGCAAGAUGAUAGAUAAAUCAGCACUUAAAAAUAGGCAAAUAGUACAUAGCCAUGGUUAAGAGUUUUCUGUGUAUAUACUAAUAUAGAAAUAGAAAGUGCAAAUGAGCCACUAUCAAUUGUAUUUGUAUACGUAGUGAAACGUUCACUAUUACUCAUUCUAAUAGGGCAAUCUUUUAGGGACGGAGGGAGCAUAUGACAUCCAUUCCAAUUUUAUUUUGUAUAGUAUAGCAAGUUUGUAACAAUAAACGGCUUCUUUGGAGCAGACUUUUGCUUCUCAUUUUGAUCUAUGUUUGGCAUA